AUGGCUGAUCACAUUUCGCUGAUCUACGCCGCCCUCGAGGACGUACCUUUGAUACUAGCACCGCAAUUUACUUAUAUACAACCGGCAACGCUCCCCCCCGAUUUUACCGUUCUUGAUCAGAGGCAAGUGGUGAUUAUCAUGUUUACCUUGUUUAAUGCAGCAUUGGCUACGAAUGUUGAACUGACAGCUUUUUCUUCCACUCCAAAGGACAAAUAUGACUUUGAAUUAGAACGUCGAGUAACACUAGAAGCAGACCAAAGACGUCAUGAGAGUGAAACCCGAGCACAGUUGAGGGAAGAACAAUUGCGUACAUUACGUGAAGAAAAACUCAGAAAACAGAGGGAAGCUGCCCGCAAAAUAGCGCCCGGGUUUUUAGAUACAGAUCGGAGGAUUCUGACACCUGUUAAUAAGCAGAGGAGAUCCAGUCAGCAAGGAGACGCUAUUCUAACCGGUGCAAGUGAGAAUGGGUUGGUUGGGAAGACUGCGCACGAACGAGCAUCGAGCAAUGAUGAGACGAAGAACGUUCCAUUUGAUCUCGAUUAUCUUUCAACAUGGUCCUCUCCAUCCACAACUCCCGUACCGAGUACAAAAUCUGUUCAACAAGAAGACUUGUCUAUCUUGGCAGAUUCGUUAAUCCCUUCACCGCACCAACGACCUCCAACAUCGGCACCAGCAAACGGUAUUCACGUUCAACCUAAUCUAUCCCCUCAGCCCAACAAAGUAACCGCUCGAUUUUCUCCUGAGGUUCCCAACCAAUCAGCUGCUCCAGUAUCUAUCCCACCACAUCCUACAUAUAAUAUGUCCUCACCUCCCAUACGCAUGAAUGCGGGUAGACCAUAUAAUGUACCGUCGUAUGCUCCUCCUCCGAUAGUUCCACCAAAGCUUAAAGUGCAGGCAGAGAGUGAUAAAGAUGGCCCGCUCGAGCAGUUGACUAGAAUGGGUUUCUCUAGCGACCAGGCUAUUGAGGCGCUGAAAAAAUAUGAGGACGAUUUAGUGGGAGCGACAAACUAUUUGCUCGAUUUACAGUAA